AUAUUUAUGUAUUUGGGUUCUCUUGAUGUUGAAGAUAAUAAAGAUGUCAAAUCAGGCUACUCAAUCACCUUUAAUUUCAAUCCCAAUCCCUAUUUUGAGAAUAUAAAGCUUACAAAGACUUUUACCUUCCUUGAAGAAGGAACAGCAAAGAUAACUGCUACCCCCAUAAAAUGGAAAAUGGAAAGAGGGCAAGUUUCUUUAGUUGGUUUAGUGACUGUGAGCAGAAAAAUGAUGUGGAUGAAAUUCAUGACGAGGUUGCAGAAUUAAUCAAGGAUGAUUUAUGGCCAAAUCCACUCACUUAUUUCAACAAUGUUCUGAACAUCAAUUGGUUUCAGAAACAACCCAAUGGCAACGACGAGGUCAGCAUGACAAUGAAUAUUUCCGCAGACUUGCAGUCCCUUUUCACAUGGAACACAAAACAGGUUUUUGUUUUUCUAGCUGCUAAGUAUGAAACUCCUAAGAAUUCCUUGAACCAGUUGACUAAGUGGAUGACAUUAAAGAAUCUCAUGCUAGAGGACGCUGGGACACAAUGCUCUGAUAGGAUGUGACAUUGGGGGUGAUUUUUUAUUUUAAUAGCAUGAUGUUAUUUUAUUUUACUUCACUCAUUUAACACAACAUUUUUGUAAAAUUUGACGGCCUUACUUCGAGCCAAAUAUGCAUUUUUAUAAGUUUUAUUUGGUAAUAGUGAAGUGAAUGUGAACCUUUUAUC